CCUCGCUGUGCGGCUUUCAGUUUUCGCCCCCAUCCUCGCCGCCGCCGCCGCCGCCGCCGCCGCCGCCACCGCCGUGCCCUCCUCCGGUCAUCCGCCACGGCCUCCCGCAUCGGCCAUGCUCCACCUCCAGAAACACAUCCCUCUCUCCUUCCGCCACCAAUGGCUCCUCUCCGUCACCCGAUUCGCCGCCACCGCGUCCGCCGCUGACCCCGCCCCGUUCGCCGUAGAGGACUAUCUCGUCGCCUCCUGCCACCUCACCCAGAACCAGGCCCUCAAGGCCUCCAAGGCGCUCUCCCACCUCAAGUCCCCUUCCAAUCCCGACGCCGUGCUCGCCUUCCUCUCCGGCCUCGGCCUCUCGCCCCCUGACAUCGCCUCCGUCGUCGUCCGCGCCCCGAAAUUCCUCUGCUGCAAAGUCGACAAGACCCUCUCCACGCGCCUCGCUGCACUCCAAGACCACGGCCUCUCCGCCUCCCAGAUCGCCCGCCUCGUCCUGCUGAACCCCUCCGGCUUCCUCCAACGCUCCAUCAUCUCGAAGCUCAAGUACUACGUCGGUCUCUUCGGCUCCUUCGACGACCUCCUCAAUGUGCUGAAGAAAAGCUCUUACCUCCUCGGCGCUGAUCUGGAGAGUGUGGUCAAGCCCAACGUCUCGUGCCUGCGUGAGUGCGGGCUAGGUGAACCUGAUAUUUCCAAGAUAUGCCGCAAUGCGCCGAGGCUGCUCUACGCCAGACCGGAACGCGUCCAGGCGAUGGUGGUGCGCGCUGAAGGCAUGGGCGUACCACGCAGCAGCACGAUGUUCAUGUAUGCGCUGCGGUGUGUCGCGUCCCGCAGCGAUGAGUUUAUCACUGAGAAACUGGAAUUCUUGAAGGAGUCAUUCCGAUGGUCAGAAGCUGAGGUGCGUUUUGCGGUGUCCAGGGACCCGUGGAUUUUGACGGUCUCCAAAGACAGGGCAUUCCGCGUGUCGGAGUUCCUGAUCUCGGAGGUUGGGUUGGAUCCAAAGUACAUUGCUAGCACACCGGCAUUGAUCAAGUAUAGCCUGGAGGGCCGCCUGAUUCCCCGGCACCAUGUUGUGAAGCUUCUUAAGGCAAAUAGAUUGUUGGCGCAUGACCGGAGCUACUAUAGCGCAGUUUCGGUGAGCGAGAAGGUCUUCUUGGAGAAGUUCAUAUGCCCUUACAAGGAAGCUGCACCACACCUUGCUGAAGACUAUGCUGCUUCUUGCAGAGGGGAAGUGCCCUCUAGAUUCAUGUUGUAAGAACUAAGAAUUGCUUGGCAAGUGUGUAACUCAAUAACUGUGUAUUGCACAGCGAGGUUUGACUGUUAGUGGUGAACUGAUGAUCCUGUUUCAGUGUUCAUCACCUAACUGUAGUGUGUCCAUUACAUGCUAGACGAGCUGUUGCUGAUGCCUAAUGAAACUGACAUUUUGAUUCCUCCACCCCGGUAUGGAGACUUCUGGUGGAGAAGUAAAAUUGUGUCAUAGUUGUAAAAGGAUCAUACUCAUGUCAUGUUCACACACAUUUCACGCAUUUGUUUGUGACCAUGACUAUAUUUAUCUGUGCUCUGUACUAAUCAUGUUGCUGAUAAGGGUGUAUUGGUUCGAUGGAUAGCAUUGUUUAGUUGGGGGACAAAAUAACUAAUGUAUUGUUGUAACGUUUCGAUGUUGGAUGCUAGGUGCAACUGGGCAGUUGAUAUGGUGGUUUAAUUUCAACAGUUUGGUGGUAUUAGCAUCAUUAGAAUGUCGGUAUACUAUCGAAGUUUUUGAUAGUUUAGUAUUCUGAACAUUCUAAAAUAUACAAGAAAUGAAGUGUCUUAGAUCUUGGUCUUGCCUUUGGUUUUCUGAAUCGAGUUUUAGUCCUCAAGAUAAUUUUGUAAUUUUUCUCCUUACUUCGUUUGACUAACUUGAAUCUGUUAACUGCUUAAAUGUUUAGAUAUUUAUUUCCAUUUAACAUUCUCUCUUUGCAUUGCAGGUGCUAAUAAAUUGUGUGAAGCUGCCAGUUCUAGCUCCUCAUUUAAUAAAACAAUGCAACCUUCACUUUUUUAUAACUUUUAUUUCAACUCACUAUGAAGUACAUGAUGGCGUUAAAAAGUCCAAAUCUUGACCGAGUUAGCGUUUGAGAUAAAAUACUGGUAUCAUUUAUUUUCUGCUGUAGUCCACACCAUCUCAGGAGGAAAAAUAAUAGAGCACAUGAUUUGUCAUCUUUUCCCUCUAGUCUUGACUGCAAUCUUCAAUCAAUCAUUUGUUUCAUGAAAAUUUUGUUGAACAUGCAGACCAUGACAACAUUUUUUGUGCAUGGAUAUCUGAUUCUAAGGUGCUAUUUGGUAUAUUGAAUAGCACUGAUUGAUCUGUUAGUUUUGUGAUUUUUCUUUUCAUCUGGUCAAAGUCUGCUACACUGUGCGCUGAUUCUUACGUUAAAUAUUCUGGUAUAGUAUAAGCUACUAAUAUGUUUUUUUCCUGAAGCAAGUUCCCCACCAACUGUAUCUGCUCCCUCUGCUAAAAUUUGCCCUUUUCUAACGGAUUUACCCUGCGGAGUUUUUUUGUUGCAUACAAGUAUUUUUGUUGGAGCGCCGCUGGGCAACUGAAGGUGGAGCAGAUAGGAUUCCAGGCAGCCAGCCUGGCCUUGUUAUUUUUUGUAUGGACGUUAAUUGGUGCAUGCAGUUGCAUAUUAGGUUCAUUAUUCACCUGUAAGGCUGGUCUUUUCAGACAAUUAACUAGGUUACAAAUAACUGUUUUGAUAUAAUUGUGGACAGUUGCUUUUGUGUAGCAACAGUUAUUGGAGCAGGAUUUACUGAAUUAUUUUUAGAAAGGGAUAACGGGGCUAAGAAGUGCUUGUUGCGAGUAUAUGUAAAUAUUUCGUAAGAUAUAUUUAUAAAGUACUUUCAGCACAACUUUUUGGAGUA